AUGGAUCAUAUUCAGGCUCUGGUAUGCAAUGCAUCUGAUUGUUUCGGCAGUGGAAAUCUAAAGAGUUCCUAUGACUUGUAUCUCAGGGCGCUGGAUGCCGCUAUCAUAGAGCUUCGACAAAUUAAAUUCAUUGAUCAAUAUGCAAUAUGUGAUAGUACUGAUGGCUUAUUCGCACUUGCGAAAACGUGUUUGGAUCACACACAAACCAUCUUGACAGAAUCACAAGGUCGACGACCAACACAGCAACAACAGCAACAACCUCCUCCCCCUCCUCCACCACUACCACCUAAACCUCCAUCCAUCAUGCAGCGAUGUACGACAACAGUGAAAACAACGCAGGACGAACUUAAGCCUCGAGCACGAAUAUACAAUACAAACAACAACAGCAGCCCACCAGCAUCUCCUCUUCUCUUAUCCGCUCCAAUCCACGCUGUAAAGAACCUCAUUUCUACAAAUACAACUAGCUCAACAUACAAAAAAGCGGACAUGCAUCAUCAUUCCCCCCAACACGAUGAGCUUGUACAAAUGGCAAGUGGUGCUAUAGAUCCAUCAUGUGUUGUUGAAGCCCAAUCAGAUGACCUUGUUGCCGUCGGGAGCAACGGUAUCAGCACCCUGCCACCAACAACAAUGAUCGGCACUUGUACGACAGCCGAACCCAUACCGUCGAUCCCACAAGCACCAUUGAUGAUCAUUUAUCACUCUUUACAACAAAAACUUGAUUACUACGAACGCCACAAGUUGCCGAUUGCCGAUGUAAAGCAGUCUUUGAAUCGUGUGCGUCAUAUACAUAUGUCAGCCACCACCGUACCCACUAUCCUUCAAUUCGCCCCCAUCAUUGUAGCCUAUCAACUCACGCUGAUUGAUUCAGCCAUCUUUCGACAUAUACAGCCAUCCGCUUUACUUAAGCAUCAACCCCCAAAGGCACCACAUCCAGCUAUUGUUGCAUCAACCGAUUUCUUCAAUUACCUCACACGUUUAAUUGAACAUGCUAUUCUGUUGCAGCAAGAAGCCUCUGGACGUGCACAGCAAAUCAACUACUGGGUCAAGAUUGCAUGGAAGUGUCAUGAUCUUCGCAAUUUUCAAACGACCAAAGCCAUUGUAUCAGCAUUAGGUACACCACCCAUUCAACGCUUGAAGCGUUCAUGGGCUUUUGUACCCAAGAAAGCGAUGGCUCGUCUUGAGUUGCUAUCCGACAUCUUAUCUGAAAAAGCCAACUAUGAGCAAUAUCGAGAACGUUUAUUACAGCAAUCAUCCAAUGAUCCCGUUGUUCCUUUUCUUGGUCUCUUUAUGCAUGAUCUUACUUAUCUCCAUGCAUGUGGGCGUAAGGCUGACCAUGUGCUUACCCAAUUCGCCACGCUGCAAAGUCAUCCACCUUAUACCUCGGCACUCCCUUCGGCGUAUAGCAAAGAUCUCAGCAAGAAGUAUCGCACAAGCAGCGUCGAAAUGCAACAAUGCCUGGUAACCCAAUAUCUGUUGACCAGAUCAUGGGUGAGUGAAAAAGUGGUGGAUGAAUUAAGUCAACUUCGAGAACCACCUGCCAAAGUCAUACGAAGCAACUCGGCUGUGGAUGAAUCAUCCCCUUCAAGUGUUUGGAGCAGCACAGGCAGCUUGCUUUCAUUUGUUGCCAACAGCACCAAUAGCAGCGUGUAUAGCCGACCUGUGAGUUUGGAUGAUGAGGAUGAUGAUGAUGACAUGGCAUGUUGUGAUCACGAGUCAUAUAAACGACAUGCAUGGAUGCUCGGUCGCAAAAGCGUGGAUAACAACAGCAACAACAAUGGGAAUCAUAUCAAGAAACGACAACAAUUUCGAUUAUCACGUCAUUUUUCAUUUGAAGAUUUGGAUGGUCAUCGUAAUAAGCAACAACAGCAACAACAAGGCUUGUCCUUGUUCCGUAAGGAUUUUACAUUUUGGCGUAGUGCUCCACGAAUGGAUGAUUCUCAACUCCCGCAUCACCCCCUUGACCAAGAUCCCAUGUACCAGCAACCACAGCAACCACAACAACGCAACAGCAUCAGUAUUGCAUGA